GUCAAUUGAUUGUAGACGGAAGCGGCUGCUCAUGCCCUUGACUCGCCCAAGAGCUGUUUCUUUAGUUGACUAAACUUAAAACAGCCAAUUGAAUAUACACUUCACUAUAGAAGCGACAGUGAUCGGGUAUAUCUUUUGACACAACACCAUGAACAAUCCAACCUGUAUUAUAAAUCAAAUUACUAACGUAUCACUAUUGUACACUAGUUAAUAUCUAUGUAUCCACACGGAGUUGUCUGCCUAAACUAGACGCCAUACAUGUCCGAGGCUCAGAUUUGAAAUGUUUUAGUCAGAUUAUUUGUCAACUUUUCAGUACGUGAAACGGUGAAACUCAGGUGCAUCUUUCUAAUCAAUGCGUCCACAGUUUGCAAAUAUAAAUACACAUCCAUUUCCUCUGUUGAAAGAUGUAGUCUGUCUGUUGAUCCAUAUCAUACAACUCACAAUGUCUCAAUUCUUGAAAACCAUCACUUCUCGACGUACCCAUUACGCUUUACAAAACACUUUACCAGAAGGUGUCACUGUUGACCAAGUUCAAAGCAUCGUUCAACAAAUCGUCAAACACACUCCAACUUCAUUCAACUCUCAAACCGUCAGAGCUGUUAUUGUCACUGGUGAAUUACACAAACAAAUAUGGGGUUCAGUUGCUGAUGCCAUUGAAAAUGAAUCUGGUAAAAAAAGACCAAUUUCUGCAAAAGAUGAAGCUUAUGGUUCAAUUAUUUUCUUUGAUGAAGAAGAAACCGUCAAGAAAUUCCAAACUGAUUUCGCCAUUUAUGCUCCAUACUUCCCAAUCUGGGCCACUACUGCUAACGGUGCUGCUCAAAUCAACACUUGGGCCGCUUUACAAGAAAUUGGUUUAGGUGGUCAUUUACAACAUUACAAUGGUUAUGUUCAAGCUGCUUUAGGUGAUAGAGUUCCAAAAUCUUGGUCUGUUCAAGCUCAAAUCGUCUUUGGUACUCCAGUUUCUGGUCCAUAUGAAAAGACCUUCAUCGACAAUGAAGUUAAAGUCUUGGACAAAUAGAUAUUUAUUAUAGAAUAUUUAGAUUGAUUUUUUUGAUACAAAUGGAGUUUUUAUUUAUGAUC